UCAUUCACCGGAAACCAGCUAUUCAUCAACUUCCGGUGUCACGGUGGUAGCUGGGCGACGGGAGAGAAAAAGCGGGCAUACAGAAACAGAGAGCUGUCUUGUUUCCAGAAGCCUUCAGACAUUUAAAACCCUUUACAUUUGACUCAUACGGUCAAACAAACGGCGCCGUGUGGACCAGCGACCGCCUGGGAUUUAGAUCUGCCUUAGAAAAGAGUCUCAUUCAUUCGUCUUUGGUGCUAGCUAGCUAACAAGCUAACGGCUAGCAGCAGGCCUUUAUCUGGACUUUGCUACAAGCUAAGCUAACAUUAGCAUUAGCAUUAGCUAACCCACGUUUUCUUUCUCAAUGAUUCUCUCUGUUACCUUGUGAAUAUACAACCACACUGAUUGAUGUGUGUGCUGGUUGAUCUGUAAGGUAGUCCUGUUGUUAAAGUAGGCUUCUAAUUGAAGCUAACUCUGAGCUACAUCGUUGAAGCUUCUUGUUUUAAAGUGUUGUUCACUUUGCUGCUAGCUCUGAGCUAGCUGUGAGCUAGCUACCACCGCCACCUGAACAACAACGCAGUCUGUGAACGCUCAGCAGCCUUUAGAUGUCGGACUUCGACGAAUUCGAGAGACAGCUCUCUGAAAACAAACAAGCUGGUAACGCCAACAACCAUACCCAACUAGCUGAAAGGGACAAAGAGAACCGCCACCACCGUCGGUCUUCCUCCCGCAGCCGUUCCAGAGAGAGGAAAAGGAGGAGCAGAGACAGGGAUAGACGCAGCAGGGACCGCCGUGGGGACAGUAAGGAGCGCAGACACAGACGCAGCUCACCAACCAGCUACCCCCAGGACAAUGCUGGAAGCCGUUCUCCACACCGUGAGAAGAAGAAGAACAAGGUGAAGAAGUACUGGGAUGUCCCUCCACCUGGAUUCGAACACAUCACUCCCAUGCAGUACAAAGCCAUGCAAGCUGCAGGCCAGAUCCCAGCCACAGCCCUCCUACCGACCAUGACUCCAGAUGGCCUGGCUGUUACUCCCACCCCGGUACCUGUAGUGGGCAGUCAGAUGACCCGGCAGGCCCGUCGGCUCUACGUGGGCAACAUACCCUUUGGCAUCACAGAGGAGUCCAUGAUGGACUUCUUCAAUGCCCAGAUGCGUUUGGGUGGUCUUACUCAGGCCCCUGGAAACCCUGUCCUUGCGGUACAGAUCAACCAGGAUAAGAAUUUUGCCUUCCUUGAGUUCCGUUCAGUGGACGAAACUACACAGGCAAUGGCCUUUGAUGGCAUCAUCUUUCAAGGCCAGAGUCUCAAGAUUCGUCGUCCCCACGAUUACCAGCCUCUGCCCGGCAUGAGCGAGAACCCCAGUGUCUAUGUGCCUGGUACACAGCCAAUUAAUGGUGUGGUCUCCACAGUGGUGCCGGACUCUGCUCACAAGCUCUUCAUUGGCGGCUUGCCCAACUACCUGAACGAUGACCAGGUGAAGGAGCUUUUGACGUCAUUUGGCCCUCUGAAGGCCUUCAACCUGGUGAAGGACAGCGCUACAGGCCUAUCUAAAGGAUAUGCCUUUUGUGAAUAUGUUGACGUCAACCUUAAUGACCAGGCUAUUGCUGGGCUGAAUGGCAUGCAGCUGGGAGACAAGAAGCUCCUGGUGCAGAGGGCCAGCGUGGGAUCCAAGAACGCCACUCUGACAAGUAUAAAUCAGACCCCAGUGACGCUGCAGGUGCCGGGUAUGAACAGCUCAGUGACUCAAAUGGGUGGCCUGCCCACUGAGGUGCUCUGUCUGAUGAACAUGGUGGCCCCAGAGGAGCUGCUGGAUGAUGAAGAAUAUGAGGAGAUUGUGGAGGACGUCAGGGACGAGUGCAGCAAGUACGGCCAGGUUAAGAGCAUUGAGAUACCUCGACCUGUGGACGGCCUGGAGGUUCCUGGCACCGGCAAGAUCUUUGUGGAGUUCAUGUCCGUUUUUGACUCCCAGAAGGCCAUGCAAGGGCUGACAGGAAGGAAGUUUGCCAACAGGGUGGUGGUGACCAAAUACUGCGAUCCAGACGCUUAUCACCGCCGGGACUUCUGGUAGAGGAGGCAUGAAGAUGUGAGGGGUGAGGGGAGGGAGGGAGGGAACACGUAUUGCCCAUUUCCAAAUCAGCCCCCUGAUUGAUUUGGCAGAGCAACAUUUCAGGUAGAUCUGAGAGUAUUAAUCAUUUGACAAAUGGCUUUGGGCACAUCCAAUUAAUCAUUUGAGAUCUACCUGAAAUGUCCAGUAGUUAAAAUAGAUAUUUGGAAUUGGAAAAGGAGAAGAAUGGGGAGGGUUUAUAUUCAGGCCAUAACAGAGGGGGCGAGGUUUGGGUGGGGAGGGUGUAGCUGGGUGGGUGGGGGAGGCAAAGUUUUUUGAGAAAUGUGUGUAAUAAUAGGUUCAGGGUGGGGUCAACAAUUUUUAUACUUUGUGAGAAAGGGAUGUCGUUUUGGGUGGGAGGGGGGUGCCACACUUUAAGGUUUGUAUUUAAAUGGAGACAGCCUGUUUUAAGUACAUUAGGAAGGAGUUGCAGGGAACUAACUGGACUGUUCUGAUGGAGAAAACAGGAGUGUUUAUUUGUGAGAGGGAGAUGUGGGGGAGAUGGAGAGGAAGAUGAGGGCAUUUUUGUCUGACCAUCUAAUCUAUAUAUACAGUAGCUGUAACAUCCACUUUCGUUUGGCCACCAUCUUUAGAAAGGCGAGAGGAGACUCCUCAUUUUUAAUUUUUUUUUCUUUCUGUUUUUUCAUUUCUUCAUGUUCCUUCAUUUUUUAUCAGACUACUGCCCCCCUCAGGACGAUUGUAAGAGAAUAUGUUGUCUAAUUGGACUCUAUCUGAAUGUCAACUGUAAUUGUUCCAAUACUGUGUGUAGCUUCACUGAUUUGAGCUGUAGUAUCACCUUAUAUUCAGGCCGCAGAAUAACACGAGCUGCAGGAAAGAACAUUUUCAAUUAUGCCAGUUUGAGUUUCUUUUUUUUUUCUGUAACUUUUUCACGUCCAUCUUUUGUGCACAGCUUUUAACAGGUGAGGUUCUUUCGUCUCAGCAGUUAGGUCCUAAUUUAAUUCAAGAGUAAAUAAACAAAGGAAGAUGGGGAGAGGCAAAAAGAUUGGUGUUUUAAUAGGGGAUUUAUCUCUUCAUUACCAAAAAGCCUUAAUGUAAUUACAUGUCAAUUCGUUAAGGAAAUAAAUUUGGCUUGCACCUCUAUAAAUUAUGUCUGUUUGUUAAUAGAUGUCACCAUCUUGUCCUUUAGCCUUGCAUCACUAGUUCUAGUUUUUUUUCCCAUUUCCCCAGCCGAUUUGUAGGACCCGGGGUUUUUUUGUGCAACGUCUCACCUCUUUGACAAGACCAAAUAAACACUUCACUAAUACCCACGACUCAUGUUGUACCGCAGAGUGAAACCAAAACCACACAAUUUCUCUGUUCUGUCAACUUCCAGCUUGAUUUAUUUAAGAGACAAACUAGAUAAAUUGGUCGGCGUUGGCUUGUCCUCACUAAAUAAUUAAAACUAAUACUGUAAUGGCUCGUUUUAGACAUUUGGGCUCUCUGGAGAUGUACUAAUAAAUGAAAGUCUGCAAACGAAGACAUGCUAUCAUACACCUAGCUAAAUUUCAACGAACAAAAUCAUUUCACAUUUUCGUGAGGUAGUUUGGAAAUUAAAAACAAUCUGUAUGUACUCAGACAAAGUCUGCUUUUCUCUCAUCUCCCUCAUCUUCUGCCCUUGAUUCUCUGAGGACCACAUGUUCACACUGUACGGGCCUGAGGCUAUGCUUUCAUUUGGGUUGCUUAAAACAGCGCUGAAGAGAGAUUGUGUCAGUGAUAACACUUAUGAGAUGUUACUCCUUACUUUCUGAAAUCUGCUUUCUCAGUGUCACUGUGUCAUUUAAUUUUUCUUUUUUCUCACUGGAAAAAAAAUGUGAUUUCUUAGAUGAUUUAAAAACCUAAAACCACAUUUAGUUUCUAAAAAGCAAAACAGUCUUUCAUUUGUCCAACUUGUUUUCAAAUGUUGAAUUAAAAACUGAAUUUACAUGA